AAUUGAAGGAGACCAGACUGAUACCCAACUGAUUCUCUUUUCCAAAAUGAUUUUGCUUCGUAGCCUCACUUUAAUUCAUUAAUUGUGAGGCACCUCCUGGACUAGGGGUCCAUGUAACUGACUGUAGAGAAGCUGGAGGACAGCAAUUCUGUAACCACUGAGAAGUUUCUCCUGGUUUAAUAAGGUCCCACUCACUGACUCGCUCACCCAGGGCUUGUGUGGUGGUCUGCACACCAGGGAAAUGGAGGAUAACUCAGCGUCCCCUGGCUCCGUGAGGUCACGGCCGCUGCUUGGCUUCACCCUUUUCCUCAUUUCUCUCCACGUUCAGCGGCUGGACUCAGAGAGUUUCAAGGUGAUUGGACCCGAUGGCCCCAUCAGGGUCCUUGUGGGAGAAGACGCUCUGUUACCCUGUCACCUCUCCCCCAGGAUGAGCGCUGAGAGCAUGGAGGUGCGCUGGUUCCUCUCUGCAGUUGUCCAUCUCUAUCGGGAUGGGAGAGACCAGGUUGGCCAGCAGAUCGCACCGUAUCGAAGCAGGACGAAGCUACUGAAGGACGGUAUUGCUAAUGGGACUGUCUCCUUGAGGAUACGCAGCAUCACCCCCUCUGAUGAGGGGACAUACGGCUGCCUCUUCCAGUCACCCACCUUUUACGAAGAAGCUGUGCUGGAACUGGCGGUGGCUGGUCUGGGCUCCACCCCUCACCUUUCUGUCGAUGGCUAUCAGGAUGGAGGGAUCCACGUGGUGUGUGAAUCGGCUGGAUGGUAUCCGGAGCCCAAAGUGCUGUGGAGAGACCUCAGUGGGCAGCGACUAGCACCAGUGAUGGAGAAAAUAUCCCAGCAGGCUGACGGGCUGUUUGAUACUCACAUUGCUGCUGUUAUAACAGACGCUUCGAACCAGAACCUGUCCUGCUCUGUCCUCAACCCCCGUCUCGGCCAAGAGAAAACAGCAACGAUGCACAUAGCAGAUGUGUUCCUUCCAAGGACCUCUCCCUACCAGGUGGCUCUGUCAGUGACCCUGGCUGGUGUGGUUUUUCUCGUCCUCUUGGCCGGUUAUUGCUUCUGGAAGCAGCACAGAGCAAAAGACGCUCAGCAAGCUGAACGGAAGAAAGAGAUACAAAACCUGCGAUCUGAACUGGAGAAAGAGAGAGAGAUUCUGCGCGCUGAGCUGGAGAACGAGAGAGGUAAAUGUCUGGGCUCUCCGGAGGCUUGAACAAUUUUCUCUCACUGUACAUAGUCAGACAGACUUUGGCUUUUGUCUCUGCACUAUCUGUUAGGAGAGGCUCUGGGAAUCAAAUGGACAGGGAGCUCUGACUAAUCAUAGAGUGGGGUAACUGCUCCAUAGAUAAGAUUGCUGCUCAGUUUCCAUCAUAAGCCUGAUUUUAGCCCCCUCCUUUAAAAUCUGCACACAGGGGAAUGUCCAUAUCCAAAACUGGUGGGUCUGCCUGGGCCCAUGUACCUUUUUGCUACUGAAUUUAAAGGAAUGGAGGGGGUGGGAUUCUGAUGCCCUGGAAACAGGGG